AUGGACAAUCACUCCAGUGCCACUGAAUUCUGCCUUCUAGGCUUUCCCGGGUCCCAAGAACUACACAGCUUUCUUUUUGCUCUAUUCUUUUUCUUCUAUUCCGUGACGCUAAUGGGAAACAUGGUCAUCAUCAUGAUUGUCUGUGUGGACAGACGUCUCCAGUCCCCCAUGUACUUCUUCCUCGUCCACCUCUCUGUCCUGGAGAUUCUGAUCACAACCAUAAUCGUACCUGUGAUGCUUUGGGGACUGCUGCUCCCUGGGAUGCAGACAAUAUCUCUGACGGGCUGUGUUGUCCAGCUCUUCCUGUACCUUGCAGUGGGGACCACGGAGUUUGCUCUGCUUGGAGCCAUGGCUGUGGACCGUUACGUGGCCGUGUGUAACCCUUUGAGGUACAACAUCAUCAUGAGCAGCCGCACCUGCAACUCUGUGGUCAUUGUGUCGUGGGUGUUUGGGUUCCUUUCUGAAAUCUGGCCAGUUUAUGCCACAUUUCAGGUUACCUUCUGCAAAUCAAAUCUGCUAGACCAUUUCUACUGUGACCGAGGACAGUUGCUCAAACUAUCCUGUGAUGAUACUCUUUUCAUGGAGCUUAUUCUUUUCUUGAUGGCUGUUUUCAUUAUCAUUGGUUCUAUGGUCCCUACGAUUGUCUCCUACACCUACAUCAUCUCCACCAUCCUCAAGAUCCCCUCGGCCUCUGGCCAGAGGAAAGCCUUCUCCACCUGUGCCUCCCACUUCACUUUCGUUGUGAUUGGCUACGGCAGCUGCCUGUUCCUCUACGUGAAACCCAAGCAAACGCAGGCGGCCGAGUACAACAGGGUAGCAUCACUGCUGGUUUCCGUGGUGACGCCUUUCCUGAACCCUUUCAUCUUCACCCUCCGCAACGACAAAGUCAAAGAGGCCCUUCGGGACGGAGUGAAACGCUGCUUCCAGCUCCUCAAAGAUUAG